UAAGAGAGGGGUCUGCCUGGAAUGUUGUAGUUACAGGGUGUGAACAUGGGACAGGGAGGAGCCAGGGAAUAGGGGUUUGAGUCAUUAGCUCAGUACUAACUAGUCCCUAUCAGUUGCCUCACUCAGGGGCCAGUGUCAGGGGGUUGUGAGCAGCUGAUCAGGCUUCUCCCCAGCACAUAACCCCCUGUUACAUACCACACUGGACACACGGCUGGGUGACUGUGAAGAUGAAGCCUGAUGUGUAUAUAGUGUAUACAUGUAUUGUGCAACUUCUACUGCUCACAGCUGGGACCUGGGGUGCCAGUAUCUGUGCCACGCGUGGGGUGUCCUCUUGCCAGAAAUGCCUCUCUGUAAGCCCACAGUGUGCCUGGUGUUCCCAAGAGGUUUUUGGGAAAGGUGCUCCCCGCUGUGACCUCAAAUCUGAACUUCUGAGUAAUGGAUGUGAGCUGAAAAACAUUGAAUUCCCAGUCAGCACCGUUCUCGUAGCUGAGAACCGACCCUUAAGUGUCAAAGGUUCAGAAGGCGACACCAGGGAAAUCACCCAGAUGUCUCCGCAGAAGAUUGACCUGUUCCUGAGACCAGAUGACACCAAGGUCUUCAACCUACAGGUGAGGCAAGUAGAAGACUAUCCUGUGGAUAUCUACUACCUUAUGGACCUUUCCUAUUCCAUGAAGGAUGAUUUAAUCAAGAUCCAAACCCUGGGCACUAGUUUAUCAGAAAGGAUGCGCCGGCUAACUAGUAACCUGCGGAUUGGAUUUGGUGCAUUUGUUGACAAGCCUAUGUCACCGUACAUGUUUAUGUCACCUCCUGAAGUCAUCAAAAACCCCUGCUAUGAAUUUAACACCGAGUGCAUGCCCACUUUUGGAUAUAAACACGUCUUGACUUUGACAGAGGAAGUCUUGAGAUUUAACGAGGAGGUCCAGAAACAGAAGGUCUCCCGAAACCGGGAUUCUCCAGAGGGUGGAUUUGAUGCGGUGCUACAGGCAGCAGUAUGCGACGAGAAGAUUGGCUGGAGAAAUGAGUCCUCUCACUUACUGGUCUUCACCACAGAUGCCAGAACCCAUAUUGCACUAGAUGGUAGGCUGGCGGGUAUUGUUCAACCCAAUGAUGGAAAAUGCCACCUCGAUCUAAAUAACGACUACGCAGCUUCCACCACCUUGGAUUAUCCAUCUAUUGGCCUUAUGACUGAAAAGCUUUCAGAUAAGAAUAUUAAUCUGGUGUUUGCUGUCACAAAUGAAGUGCUGAGCCUAUACACGAAAUACAGUGAACUAAUCCCUGGGACCACAGUGGGAGUUUUAUCCCAGGACUCGGGCAACGUCAUCCAGCUCAUCGAAAAUUCCUAUGAGAAGAUCCGCUCAAAGGUGGAACUUGAGGUGCGCGACCUUCCGGAGGAGCUGUCCCUUUCCUUCAGUGCCUCCUGCCAGAAUGAUGAGUUGACUCCUGGUCUUAAGUCUUGCACUGGCCUCAAGAUUGGAGAUACAGUAAGUUUCUCCAUUGAGGCCAAGGUAAGAGAAUGCCCAUCAGUUCGACAGAAAACUUUCACCAUCAAACCUGUUGGAUUUAAGGAUUCGUUAACGGUCACUGUACAUUUCCAGUGCAACUGUGCCUGUCAGGAGAAUGACCAGCCUAACAGCACCCUGUGCAAUCACGGGAACGGCACCCUGAGCUGCGGGAUCUGUCAGUGUAACCCCGGUUGGUUAGGGCCUUACUGCGAGUGUUCCGAGGAGGAGUACAACCCAUCCCAACAGGAUCGCUGUAGCUCAAAGGAAGGGGCACCCGUCUGCAGCCGGAGAGGGGAGUGUGUCUGUGGGCAAUGUGUGUGCCGUGCCAGCGACCUGGGCAAGGUGUGGGGUAAAUACUGUGAAUGCGACGACUUCUCCUGUCUGCGGUACAAGGGAGAGAUGUGCUCAGGGCAUGGCCAGUGUAACUGCGGUGACUGCAUCUGCGAGUCUGAUUGGACGGGGGAUUAUUGCAACUGCACCACUCGUACGGAUACCUGCAUGUCCAGCAGUGGCCUCUUGUGCAGUGGGAGAGGCCAGUGUGUGUGCGGGAAGUGUGAAUGUACCCAGCCGGGCUCCUAUGGAGAUACCUGUGAAAAAUGCCCCACCUGCCCUGAUGCCUGUACCUUUAAGAAGGGCUGUGUGGAGUGCAAAAAAUUCGAGAGGGGCCCCUGGUUUGAGGAUUCCUCUUGCAAGCAAAUUUGUCGUGAUGAGAUCGAGUCUGUCACUGAGCUGGUGGAUAAUGGAAAGAAUGCGGUGAAUUGUACCUACAAGGAUGAAAAUGAUUGUGUGGUCCGAUUCCAGUACCACGAGGACGCAAGUGGCAAAUCUGUAUUGUACGUCAUUAAUGAAGCAGAGUGCCCCCAAGGCCCUGAUAUUCUGGUAGUCCUCAUGUCUGUAAUGGGAGCCAUACUGCUUAUCGGGCUGGUGGCUUUGCUCAUAUGGAAGCUGCUUAUUACCAUUCAUGACCGACGCGAAUUUGCCAAGUUCGAAGAAGAGAGAGCGAAAGCCAAAUGGGACACGGCUCAUAAUCCCCUCUAUAAAGGAGCCACGUCGACGUUUACCAAUAUAACAUAUCGUGGGAAUACCGAGUGAAUAUGAGAUUUAAGACCCAGCGAGAUGCACCGACAAUAGAAAAGAGUUUAAAUCUCAAAUUGUGUAACAAAAACCACGAAAGUCUAAAAGCACUUGACACUUCUUGCCCAUAUUUGCCUUAUCCACCCAAAUCACUGCAAUAGACACAAUCACUCUCCGACCCCCGGAUGAGGUUUACAAGCAGCGUCUGAAGAGUUUCCAAUGAAUUUGUGUGGGGAAAAAAAACCACACGUUUAUAAUACUUCCUGGUUGAUACAAAAUGGCUGCCUGCAACAGGAAGCUGCAACAUCACCUGUGUGACAACAAGGUCAGCACAAAAUGGAUGCGGUUACAAGCUGUGUAGUAGAACUGCAAUAUUUUACUUUUAUCAAGGACAUUCCAUCAUCUCCGUCGCACUCAGUCGGGGCAAUUGAUUACACAAGUACCUCACAACGACACUGCUGUCUAUGCGCUGCUUUCACAGGAAGUGGCCGAUCACAAUAACAUUUUGGGGUGUAAGAUUUGUAGACUACGUGGUUUUUUUGGGGGGGGUUUUUUUUCAUUCUUUGCCGGCGGUUUCAACAGAGCAGAUUUGGUUUUAUAGUCUGAAAACAAACAAUGGAAUUUGAUGGAAAGGAAAAGGUUAAUAUGCCUGUAUUGUGACGGGGAAGAGACUGCCGUGCUGAUGAAGAACACUGUUUAUUUGUAAAUGGAAACACUGAAUUCACUGCUGGUUUUCCUUGUCAGACGCUUAUUUCUGCUUAUUCACAUUUAUCUGAUCCGGAGUUAGGCAUGCAGUAUUAAAGGCUCAGUGCUGUGGUGCCUGGCGUGUUUCACAUGGAGAUAAAGCGCUUACGGCCACGGGGCUAUAGCCAAGCUUUUAGGCUUCAGUGCUGGGCCAUAGGCAGCCGAGACAAUCCAGCUCCACAAAAAAUGCUUUGAUAAUAUCCAAACUUGAAUCACUCCGUCAUCCCCUGCUCAUAUGCUUCUGAUAAUCCCAGCAUAAAAAGAAAGCUCUCCUAAAGCUGCCAUAUUGUUUCCCUUAGGCAAUACAGUAUGAGGGUAUAGCUUAUUGUGUGCCCAGAACAUUCCUUCUCUGUAUAUUUGUAUUUAUAUAUAUGGGAAGGAGGUGCCAUAUUGAUUCCCUUAGACAGUACAGUAUGAGGGUAUAGCUUAUUGUGUGCCCAGAACAUUCCUUCUCUGUAUAUUUGUAUUUAUACAUAUGGGAGGAGGGAGGUGCCAUAUUGAUUCCCUUAGACAGUACAGUAUGAGGGUAUAGCUUAUUGUGUGCCCAGAACAUUCCUUCUCUGUAUAUUUGUAUUUAUACAUAUGGGAAGGAGGUGCCAUAUUGAUUCCCUUAGACAGUACAGUAUGAGGGUAUAGCUUAUUGUGUGCCCAGAACAUUCCUUCUCUGUAUAUUUGUAUUUAUACAUAUGGGAGGAGGGAGGUGCCAUAUUGAUUCCCUUAGACAGUACAGUAUGAGGGUAUAGCUUAUUGUGUGCCCAGAACAUUCCUUCUCUGUAUAUUUGUAUUUAUACAUAUGGGAGGAGGGAGGUGCCAUAUUGAUUCCCUUAGACAGUACAGUAUGAGGGUAUAGCUUAUUGUGUGCCCAGAACAUUCCUUCUCUGUAUAUUUGUAUUUAUACAUAUGGGAAGGAGGUGCCAUAUUGAUUCCCUUAGACAGUACAGUAUGAGGGUAUAGCUUAUUGUGUGCCCAGAACAUUUCUUCUCUGUAUAUUUGUAUUUAUACAUAUGGGAAGGAGGUGCCAUAUUGUUUCCCUUAGACAGUACAAUAUGAGGGUAUAGCUUAUUGUGUGCCCAGAACAUUCCUUCUCUGUAUAUUUGUAUUUAUACAUAUGGGAAGGAGGUGCCAUAUUGAUUCCCUUAGACAGUACAGUAUGAGGGUAUAGCUUAUUGUGUGCCCAGAACAUUCCUUCUCUGUAUAUUUGUAUUUAUACAUAAGGACCCAAAAAAACCACUCCAUGAAGUGAAUUAAUGAAUAAAUGAAAUCAGAUUGGC